AUGAAGAAUCAAGGCCAUUCGAAUGAAGAUGAAUCGAAUCAUCAAGAUCAUCAUGAAAGUCGCUUAAACAGACAGUUAACAGCAGCAGGACGUGAGGUCUAUGAACAAGAUGUUAAUAAGUUUUGCGACAAAUUGCGAAGACUGAGGAAAAAACUAGAAAAUGAAAUGAGACAUUCGCACGACGAACUAACAAACAACAUUGGCAGGACAGAAAUCCUCUUAAUUCUAAAAGAAAGUUUACUCAAACUGUCACGUGACUACCAUAAGAUUAGUGAAGAAUUCCUGGAUUUUCUUGUGAGAAAAAAUACUGAGGAAAGCAGAAGAGAAAAAGCUGCACAAGAGGUAGUCAUGUCCUCCUUGGAACAGAAAGUAGAAAGUAUCAUCCAGGAAAUUGACACAAUUAUGGAACAACAGGAUGAAGAUACAAAGUUUUCACCAGACUUAAAACCCAAACUUUCACAUGACUUAACAGACAAUGUGUCGUUAAAAAGUGCUCCGAGAUCUACAAGCAGAAAUUCAAGAUCAAGCAGAUCUUCCACAUCUAGAAGUACAACUUCCAGAAGUACAACUUCCAUGCUAUUUGAGCAGAGAGUAAAGGCAGAGGCAGCCAAAGCAAGACUGCAGUUUGUACAAAAGGCUUCUGAAUUGAAGAAAGAACAAGCCAGACUUGAUGAACAGGAGAAAAAGUCCAAAGCAGAGGCACUAAGGAAAAAAGCAGAAAUAGAGACAGAAUUAGAGUGUCUGGAUGCACAAAAAGAAUUGGCAACAGCCCAAGCAGAAUUGCGUGCAAUGGAGGAAAUGGACAUUGAUAAUUUAUCAAGGAAAUCUAAUUCUGUUAUUGACUCUUCAGAACGCACAAGGAAAUUCGUGGAAGAAGUGAACAAACUAAAAGAAAGUGAAACAUGGGAGAAGGAAGUUUUGGAACAAAAUGUUGAGUCUGUCCCAGCACAAAAGUCUCCCGCAACAGAAACAGUAGAAGUCGCCACUUCCCAUUCUCCAAUCAGACCAUUUGAAACACAGAACAGCGUAGCCAGUCUCGCUAGCUUCAUGCUUAAAAAGGACUUAAUGCUAACACGACUGGUAAAUUUUGACGACAAGCCAGAGAAUUUUGUUGCAUGGAAGGCAAGUUUUAGAUCCGUGGUUCAGGAUGCAUCAGUCACACCGCUCGAAGAGUUGGACUUGUUGAUCCGAUGGCUUGGGCCCGAGUCAAAGGAACAUGCCAAAAGCAUCAGGGCAGCCACAAUGUGUAACCCUUCUCAAGGCUGUGAAACUUUAUGGACCAGGCUAGAGGAAAGAUACGGCUCACCUGAACUAGUCGAAACAGCGAUAAAGUCUAAACUAGCUAAUUUCCAGCGAAUCAGUGCAAGCGAACCAAGACGUCUGUACAAACUCUCUGAUAUCUUAAGUGAAACAAUGGCUUUGAAAGAGAAUCCGAGGUACAGCCAACUUUUCAGCUACUUUGACACAUCAGUGGGAGUCCUUCCCAUAGUACAAAAGUUGACACCCAGUUUGCAAAACAAAUGGACUUCUAAAGCUUCAAAAUACAAGCUGACUCAUGGCGUCCCGUACCCUCCAUUCAGGGUAUUCUGUGACUUUGUAAAGGAAGUUUCAACCAUGAUGAAUGAUCCUGGCUUACAAGCUGCUCCGACCUUUGCAGGAGAUCAGAAAGCACCAAGAUCCAACUUCAAACCAGUGAAAUCAGUGACUGUCAAGAAGACUGACUUUAAAGAGUCAACAAGAGACCAUACUGUUACAAAGAAGAGAUGUCCUAUUCACAAUGCUGAGCAUACAUUAAAUCAGUGUAGAGCAUUUAGGAAGAAAUCUAUUCGUGAUCGUAAACAAUACCUUCGAGAGCACAACUUGUGCUACAAGUGCUGUGAAUCAGAUACGCACACGUUCAAGGCCUGCCAUGUAGAGGUGAAGUGCGAGGACUGUGGAAGCAUACAGCACCCUACCGCUCUGCAUCCACCUGACAGCUCUCAAGGCCAGAGACAGAAUGGCGGGGAGGAGGGCAAUGUUCUUACCAAGUGUACUACUGUUUGUGGGGAACAGUUUUCCGGACGAUCAUGUGCAAAGGCUGUUCUGGUGGACGUGUAUCCAAAGGGGAUACCUUCAAAACGUUUGCGCCUUUAUGCUCUUGUUGAUGACCAGAGUAACACAACACUUGGAAGAUCCGAGCUAUUUGACUUUAUGGAUGUUCCCAAUAGUCAGAUUCAUUCAUUCACGCUUACUUCGUGUGCUGGACGCAUUCGCUCAAGCGGUCGCAGAGCCUCUGGUUUGAUGAUAGCUGCAGUCGAUGGAUCUACGGUAAUGGAACUCCCUACUAUUACAGAGUGCAAUGAAAUUCCAGACGAGCGACAUGAGAUACCGACUCCAGAAGUCCUCAAACACCACUCGCAUCUUAGAGAUCUGUCAUUGCCGCCACUUGACACAGAUGCCAAAAUACUUUUACUGAUUGGUAGAGACUUGAUAGAAGCGCACCAUAUACAUGAUCAGCGAGUAGGACCUAAGGACUCACCAUUCGCACAGAAAUUGAGUUUUGGCUGGGUAGUGAUAGGAGAUGUGUGCCUUGGCAGAUUACACAAGCCACAAGGUGUCACUGUCUACAAAACUACGGUGAUUGAAGAUGGCCGCCAAACCAUUUUCGAACCAUGUCGAAACAGUUUCCGCCUGACAGGGGACAUUGUACCACAUCAAGAUGCAGUUGGGAAAGAUAUUUUCCAAACAUCAGCAGACGACGACCAAGUUGGCCUCUCUGUAGAUGAUCGUCAGUUCCUGCAGAUCAUGGAGGAAGGUUUUGAGAAAGAUUCUAGCGGAAAGUGGAAAGCUCCAUUACCUUUUCGGAAACCGAGGCCAGUUCUGGAAAACAACAGACUUCAAGCUUUGAAGAGGGCCCACAUGUUGGAUGCGAGUCUGAAGAGGAACUCGAUCAAAAAAGAACAUCUUGUGACUUUCAUGAAAGGACUCAUAGACAGUAGUGCAAUGGAGGUAGCUCCGCCCUUACCAGCAGAGAAAGAAUGCUUUUACUUACCUCUCUUUGGAGUUUAUCACCCGCGGAAGCCUGACAAAAUACGUGGUGUAUUUGACUCGUCUGUCAAAUACAAGGGCCUUUCUCUUAAUGGAGUACUGCUGUCAGGACCCAACCUAACCAAUGAACUACUUGGAGUACUUAUGCGUUUCCGUAUGAACAAAGUGGCCUUUAUGGCAGAUAUAGAACAGAUGUUUUAUUCAUUCUUGGUCAGAGAGGACCAUAGAGAUUUUCUCCGUUUCUUCUGGCACAGAAACAAUGAUCCAUGUGAAGAGUUAAUCGAAUACCGUAUGCGGGUGCACGUGUUUGGGAACACGCCCUCGCCAGCAGUUGCGACAUAUGGCUUACGCAAGACAGUUGAAAAGGCGGAAGUUGAUGUACAGAAUUAUGUCACCAGAAAUUUUUAUGUUGAUGACGGGCUCAUGUCUGUGGUAUCAAGUGAUGAGGCCAUAGAUCUGCUUCAGAAAACGCAGCAAGUACUGAAGGACGAAGCCAAGAUCAGACUCCACAAGAUUGCAUCGAACAGCAUUGACGUCAUGGAGGCCUUUCCUGUUGAAGAUUUAGAAAAGAAUCUUAAGUCGCUUGAUAUUGCUGCUGAUGAGCUACCCAUCCAACAGAGCCUUGGCUUAGCAUGGGACAUCAAUUCAGACUGUUUGACCUUUAGUGCACGUAUCCCAGAAAAACCGUUCACGAAAAGAGGUCUUCUGUCCAUAAUCAACAGUUUAUUUGAUCCUCUUGGGUUUAUCGCACCUAUAAUCAUACAUGGUAGGAUACUUUACAGGGAGAUAUGUGAGGACAAUGAUAACUGGGACGAACCCCUACCUAAGGAUCGUGAAGAAGAAUGGUCUAGAUGGCAGCAUUCUCUGCAUGCCUUGGAAGAUCUGUGCGUUCCAAGGAUGUAUACCUCAGUAUCCUUAAGUUGUGCCACCUCAAGCAAAGUUCAUGUUUACUCGGAUGCCUCAGAGAAGGCAAUUUCUGCCGUUGUGUACUUACAGACAGUUGAUGAUGUAGGCAAAGUCAGUACCGGAUUUGUCGUUGGAAAGUCAAGGAUAGCGCCUAAGCAAGGAAGUACUAUACCACGCCUCGAGCUUUGUGCCGCACUUCUAGCCACAGAACUAGCUCAGACAGUAUUCCGACAGCUCGACUUGAAUCAAGAUACCGCAAAAUACUAUACAGAUAGCAAGGUUGUAUUAGGAUACCUGCAUAACCGAACUCGCCGAUUCUACAAUUAUGUCAGCAACCGGAUCAGCAUGAUACAUAGGCGAUCUAAACCAGAGCAGUGGUCCUUUGUUUCCACACAGGACAAUCCAGCUGACAUUGGAACUCGGUGUCAUACAUCUGUCGAGCACUUGUCUCAAAGCGAUUGGCUCAGAGGACCAAUACAAUUGAGGUCUGUAGAGAAGGUAGAGGAUGAAAGCUUCCCCUUAGUCAACCCAGACACGGAUGCAGAAAUACGGCCCAUAGUUUGUGUCAAGAAAACAGAGGUGAAGGAACAUUUAGUGAGUCGAUUUGAAAAGUUCUCCUCAUGGACGAGAUUAGUGAAUGCGAUCUCAUACCUAAAGAGAUUUUGCAGAGGCAAGGUCAAGUUUUCAGUGCGCAGUAUUGAAGACACUCAAGAAGCAGAACGUUUCAUUAUCCGGGAAGUACAGAAAUUCUGGUAUGGAGAUGACAUGAAGCGUUUACAGGAGAAGAAACCACUUUCCUUGAAAAGCAACAUCAUUGCUCUUCAUCCUUUCGUAGAUGAUGAUGGAAUUUUACGUGUCGGUGGACGUCUGAAUAAGGCACCUUUCUCUAUAGAUGAAAGAAAUCCCAUCAUUCUUCCAGGGAAAUCGCACAUCGCCACACUUCUCGUUACUCAUCUGCAUGAGAAAGUUUAUCAUCAGGGUAGACUCAUAACGGAAGGUACAGUAAGAUCCAAGGGCUUUUGGAUCAUUGGAUGUAAGCGCCUUGUUAAUUCCAUCCUGCACAAAUGUGUAGUGUGCAGGAAACUCAGAGGGAAGUUAGAAUUCCAACAGAUGGCUGACUUACCACCAGACCGAGUUACGCCUGGACCUCCAUUCAGUUCAGUCGGGGUCGACGUAUUUGGACCUUGGCCUGUAGUGGCCCGACGAACUAGAGGUGGCCUUUCCCAAAGCAAGAGAUGGGCUGUAAUAUUCACAUGCAUGAAAACAAGAGCAAUACACAUAGAGGUUAUUGAAGAGAUGAGCAGCUCAUCGUUUAUUAAUGCCUUACGACGAUUCAUCUCAAUUCGUGGACCUUUGAAGGAAAUCCGUUCUGACAGGGGAACCAACUUUCUAGGAGCCCUUGAUGACAUAAAGGCUGAAGCUGUCUACACAGAAAAGGGACCUAUUCACAAUUACCUUCUUGAGAAUAGGAUAAUUUGGACUUUCAACCCCCCACAUGCAUCACACCGAGGUGGAACCUGGGAAAGGAUGAUUGGUGUGUCAAGAAAAAUACUGGACUCAAUGUUACUCAACGCAAACACAAAACAGCUCACGCAUGAAGUCUUGUGCACCUUUAUGUGCGAAGUUUGUGCCAUAGUAAAUUCAAGACCCAUUUGUCCAGUAUCAUCUGACCCAGAAAGUCCGCAUAUUAUCAGCCCUUCGAUGUUGCUUACGCAGAAGGAAUUUCCUGACGUUCAUCCUGUUAGCUCAACUGAUAUCAAGGAUAUAUACAGGAAGCAGUGGAAACAUGUACAGUGUCUGUCGGAUAUUUUCUGGAAACAUUGGCGGAAUGGUUACCUACAGCAACUCCAAGUGCGACGUAAAUGGCAGCAUGAACGUCCAGAUGUGAAAGUCGGGGAUGUCGUCCUUUUGCGUGAUAAAGAAGCACACCGUGGACACUGGCCCCUGGGACUAAUUGUGAACACAUUUGAGAGUGAGAGUGACCACAAAGUAAGAACAGUUGAGGUACGCGUCAUCAGAGAUGGUAAACCAACGACAUAUAUCCGUCCUAUUACAGAACUCGUUAUCUUGAUUGACUGA